AUGUUUAUUGUUGUCUAUUUUAUAGGGGCUGUGGAUGUGCGUUUCACCCAGGAGCCUACUAAUCCAAGCUACUUCAACAAUGGCAGUGACGCCAAGCUGGUGUGGGACUACACUGAUCCACAAAAUAAGAUUCAGUACAUUAUCUAUAGUGUUCUGGUAGAUGGUAAAUUUGUGAGAAUGAUGGUUAAUGACAGUUAUGGUGUCCAAGAACAUCCUGUCAUUCCUCCAUCUUACAAAGGAAGAGUGAAAAUUGAAGGAAGAGCUACCCUGGUUAUCAAGGACAUCAAACCUGGAGACAAUAACGAAUUUGAAUGUGGAAUGUGGGGAAGCUUUUCAGGGAGUGUUAAAAGUACAGUUCAGCUUAUUGUGGCAGGUAUGCAUUAAAGACAUAACCACUGAUAAUCAAACAUAGAUCAAAUUUAUUCAACUCAUGUCUCAUAUUUUCAUAUGCAAGGCUGAAAGUGGCUAGCUAACCCAACUUUUGGGAACAAUAGAGCUACUUUUACUUGGCAUGCAACGUUCCAGAAAAGGAGAAAAUAAAUUCUACUGUUUACUUUGUUGUAAUUCUCAUCUGAGAGAAAUCAUAGAGUUAUUGCUUUAUUCUCCUGGCACCAACUACUGGGUUGCUCUGUGAUGCAUAGAUGAUUGUUAUUAAUAUGAAUAUUGAGAUUUUCUCUCAGCAAAGCUGUCAAUUAAAAAUGGUCAGUCAAAACUAGAAACAAUCUCGCUGGUUCUAUGAUUUUGCUAAAUCAGUGAAGGACAAUAUUGCAUGACCAAUCACAAACAGCAUGUGAAAUUAAUUUGGAGUGAAAAAACUGGCAUUGCUUUUCAAGCCUUUUAAAGGGAAUGAAAGUCGGCAUUACACCUUUGGCUGCUUUCUGAGGAUUGUGAUCUUCAAGGUUUACAGAUGUAAAUUUAGUCAACAGAACAGUGACUUCCUCAAGUAAGUUCUGAGACCAAGGAGCCCGUCAAUACCUGGAUUUGAUUUGUACAAUGGAGCAAAAUUUUUUUAAAGUUAUGGAAGCAAUAAACCAACAAAGUCUAUAAUCCAAGCUCUUUAUGCUCUUUUAAAGACGUUGAGCAUGUAAACAGAAAAUAAUUCAAUGAUGAUCAACUUGGCCAGGUAGGAAUCCUGUUCUGAGAAAAUGCAGUUAUCAUUCAACAGCUGUAAUUUUAUUGCUGACUUUGGUUGCUCCACUGAGAAACUGGCUGAGUUCUGCAAAGAGCUCCAAGGGACUAAAAGUAUUCAAUUUCAAUUUAGAGUAUGAAACAUUUUUGAGCUCAUGCAACCUAAACUUUUCAAAAACUUUUCAUGUAUAAAACGGAAGCGUAUUGUUCUUUGAAAGACUUUUUAAUCUUCUAUCUGAGUGUUUAAACUUUCAUUUUCCAACACAGUAUCUUGGAUGUCCUAACAACCUUAAGUACAUGAAACAAUUGUGAUAUUAAGACUCAGUGUGUAACUUGUUGGUCAUUUAACUGUGAUUCAAAGUUGAAAACAUUUGUGAUAUUUCAAUACUCAUGUACAAUUUAUUUCAUUGUUUGCUUGAACGAUUUUAUUCACUUGUUGUGAAGAAUCCAAACUCACUGUUUACUAUAUUGUAUAAUAAAGUUCACAUGGUAACCAGGUGGACAAUCAGACAUAGUUUGAUGCUACUCGGGUUUAAAGAUUUAAUGAAUGUAACCGAAGAAGUUACAAUUCAUAGACCCAACGUUUCGACACUCCUGCCUUGUGCCUUCAUCAGGGGUGAUUAGCAAACGCUACAACAAGAUGUCCUUUAAUACGAUCGCUAACUAGCUGCCUUUUUUCUAACGAGGAGUAAAUGGGCGUCAGGAAGUAAGCCGCCAUUAUCACAAUUUAAAGGAGCGUGGGUGGAGUUAAUUUGCCAGGCUUCCAAACAAAGGCGCUGGUGGUAACGCCGACUAGGGGUGAUAAUUUAAGACUUAUCCCACCCAAUUGUAUCGUUAGUUAGGCAAGAGUGCUCCGACAUUGUAAUCAGUCAAAAAUUCCUGCGAAUUUGCGGAUUUCAUGAGAGAUAAAACUCUUAACGCCUGGGAAGAAUUAGUAUCUUUCGACGUUGUUUCGCCCUUCGCUAAAAUCCCAGGUGAUCUUGCCGUUAAGGAUGCGGAGGAGAGGCUAAGAGAAGAUGCUUCCCCAGGACAAAGAACUUUAUGUCAGUGAAGGAUAUUAUUCAUAUGCUGUCUUUUUGCCUCAAAACCACGCAAUUUGCAUACAACGGCACCCACUAUCAACAGGUUUUUGGUACAGCUAUGGGUUCGCCCGUCUCUGUUGUCAUUGCCAACAUGGUAAUAGAAGACGUGGAACAAAAGGCCUUAGCUAAUUCACCGGUUAAACCCUUUUUCUGGAAAUUAAACGAUAUGUCGAUGAUGUUAUUUCUACGGUAUCCGGAAAUGAAGCGGAGCGCUUCCUAUCGCAUUUGAAUUAGGUAGAGCCGUCUAUCCAAUUCACCCUUGAGCGUGAAAAGGAUAGACAUCUGCCCUUUCUUGAUUUAAAUGUGUCCAGAGGGGAACAGGGGAAUUUAGAGAAAAGUGUCUAUCGUAAACCUGCCCACACCGACAAAUACCUCGCUUUCGAUUCUCACCAGCCUAUUUUCCAUAAAAAGUCUGCAGCCAAAACUUUACUCAGGAGGGCUAAUUGUCUACCAUCUUCACUCGAUUCGAAGGCUGAGGGAGAAAAUAUGUUUCUAAUGUCCUAAAGGCGAAUGGCAAUACAAAAACGUUUCUCCGUAACUGCCAAGAACCAGUUACAACUAGUAGCACUCCUGAUGAAAGAGAACCAGCGACUGGUUUUGCCAUUAUUCCUUACAUUCAGGGUGUUACGGAACCCAUCAAGAGAAUUUUGAAUAGCCACAACGUUAAAGUUGCUCAAAAACCUUUUCAACGAACAGACGCCGUUUAUUCUAUUCCUUGCAAUGACUGUGACAACGAAUACAUCGGAUAGACCAAAGUCAGUUUGGCACACGUUUGAAGGAGCAUCAAAAAGCGGUUUCUUUUGCAAAGAAUAAAAAUUUAUCGUGAUAAUGGCGGCUUACUUCCUGACGCCCAUUUACACCUCGUCGGAAAAAAAAACCAGCGAAUUAGCGAUCGUAUUAAAGAACAUCUUGUUGCAGCGUUUAGAUCACCCCUGAUGAAGGCACUGGACAGGAGUGUCGAAACGUUGGGUCUAUGAAUUGUAACUUCUUCGGUUACAUUCAUUAAAUCUUUAAACCAGAGUAGCUUCAAGUCAUGUCUCUCUGCUUACUGUUUUUGAUCGUCUAUGACUAGUGAAUACAAUUUGUCAUCUCUUUCAUGUCUUUUAUCUCCACCAAAAUGCUGGUUGUCGUUGACGUGUAGAUUGCGUUUGGACAAAAGUUGUGACAUAAAGAAUGGAGUCUAUUAUGUAACGAGAUAAACUAUUGUUGUGGAGAAGUGUGUUUUAGUGAAUUUUAUUCUCGUUUGACCGGUUUGACAGCUCUUCAUUCCAUAGUUUUCUCCCGUCUGCUAACCUCGUAUCCAAGAUGUCCCGUGCGCUGUCAAUAGUUUUGCAAGUUUUGACUUAGUGUGUUCAUCAUAAUCCUUUUGGCAUUGAUUUUCGAAAAAAAUUUCAUCUUUAUCUUACUAUAUUUCAUCUUCAAGUGAUUAAAUACCUUUUUCCAAGUAGCAUAGGGUCUUCCAUGUUUAGCCAUGUAGGACACUUAAAUUUGGCUUACAUCCUAAGGUUUCUGUUAUUUUACGGCUGAUGUUAUCGAUGACAUUGAUGAGGCUAAUGCUCCCACGGUUUUUGCGAUUGGAAGACAGCUAAGCACUAUUUUGUUCCUUUUGAUAGGCGGCACAUUUUAUCACAAUUUGGAGGAAAUCUGCCUUCUUCUGGUCUCCCAGUUUCCUAGUUGAUAAGAGUUGAUGAUUUUUCUUGAUUGGGUUCAGACUUCUACUUUAAGUGGCAUUUUGAACAAAUUCACUUUGUGUAAAUGUACUUUAACCAUAGCUGCGUUUACAUAGAAAUACCAGUAGAGUGCGGCGAUGACUCAGCGUAAUCUUGGUGGAGGUCUGGUAUAUGUUUUGCGCUAGACAAUUCUGCGCCUACUUACGAGAUGGCAGGUUAAUAACAAAUGGGCACAGAGAGAAAAAUUACAUAUUUUAUUUGUACAAUAUUUUCUUCAAAGUUUCAGAUCAGCAAUUGUAAAUGUGCAGAUAUUAUUCUAUAGAUAUUAGACAGAUCAAUAGCGAUUUCCUAAAAUUUUUGACAAUAAAAAUGAACGGUAGAAGACGACGUUUCGAUCAAACUUCGGUCAUUUUCAAGUGAAUAGUAAGAAUGUCACGAUGAAAAUAUAUAUGCGUGUAAGAAGUAGAAAAUUUUUUGGAAGUGUAAACGGACAAUAAGAACAUGCAAAGAGAAGAAAUAAUUAAGCUAAUUGAAAACCAAAUUAAAUUUAAAAAUUAAAAUUAAAAUCCUAAUUAAAAACCUUUGCACGAAUUAAGUCCGACUGUACAUUGAAAGCAGGGUUAAGUUCUUGAAUAAAAAACAUUUCAUAAAUUAGGUAGUCAAAUUUGUUCGCAUUCUUCUUUAAAAGACUAAAAUUCUUCGUAAGAUCCCUUGGGGCCAAAUAAUGCUUGUUGCGAAAAUGCUUGUUAAUCGAUGGAGUCGAUUUUCUGUGUUAUUGAACAUGUUUAUGCAGAUGGCAGCGUGUAAAACCAACAUAACCUGCAUCGUACAGGUCACAUUUAAAUUUGUAAACAACGGUCGAGUGGCAACAGACGGGUAUGCUAUGAGCUCCCCCUUGAUCCUCUAUUAGCCAUUUUUUUUUUAAGUGCAGCAUCGAGGAUACCCAUAACAUCGAUAAAACUGACGUCUAUAUAACGCGCGUUGUUUAGGAAUCAUUGAUUAAUCCCGUUUGUCUUUGAGGUCGUGUGACCUGUAAUUUGUGCAAAAUUACAUAUGCUGCCCGUUUUAGGAAAGAUUUCUUUUAGUUUUUUGCUUAGUCAUUAGUACUACAGUACUAACGGUGUUCACCAGUACUACAGUACUAUCAGUACGUAUGCUAACUGUGUCACUAGUGUACCAACGUACUAGCGUACUAACUCCACUUUUCCAAUGAAUGAACUGCUUCGUUAUGUACUAGCGUUCGAUUAAUGGACUGCAUGUCACUAGCGUACCAACGUACUAGCGUACUAACUACACUUCUCGAACAAGCAUGAAUGACUUGCGUACCAACGUACAAGGGUUCGAUUAAAGAACUGCAUGUCUCGUGUGUACCAACGUACUAGCGUACUAACUCCACUUCUGCGACAACCAUGACUGAUCUACGUCCUUGUGUACAAGCGCUCGAUCAGAGGACCGCAUUUCACUAACGUACCAACGUACUAGCGUACUAACUACACUUCUCGAACAAGCAUGAAUGACUUGCGUACCAACAUACUAGGGUCGAUUAAAGGACUGCAUAUCUCUUGUGUACCAACGUACUGUAGUACUUGGUACGGACAACUCAUCAUGGCUUGUUUAUUUCUUAGUACGUUAGUACUGUAGUACUCGGUAAGGUCAACUCAUCACAGCUUGUUUAUUUCUUAGAACGUUAGUACUGUAGUAAUCGGUACGGACAACUCACCACGGCUUGUUUAUUUCUUAGUACGUUAGUACUGUAGUAUUCGGAACGGAAAACUCAUCACGGCUUGUUUAUUUCUUAGUACUGUAGUACUCGGUACGGUCAACUCAUCACGCCUUGUUUAUUUCUUAGUACGUUAGUACUCUAGUACUCGGUACAGACACUCAUCACGGCUUGUUUAUUUCUUAGUACGUUAGUACUGUAGUACUCGGUACAGACACUCAUCACGGCUUGUUUAUUUCUUAGUACGUUAGUACCGUAGUACUCGGUACGGACAACUCAUCACGGCUUGUUUAUUUCUUAGUACGUUAGUACCUUAGUACUCGGUACGGACAACUCAUCACGGCUUGUUUAUUUCUUAGUACGUUAGUAUCGUAGUACUCAGUACGGACAACUCAUCACGGCUUGUUUAUUUCUUAGUACGUUAGUACCGUAGUACUCGGUACGGACAACUCAUCACGGCUUGUUUAUUUCUUAGUACGUUAGUACUGUAGUACUCGGUACGGACAAAUCAUCACGGCUUGUUUAUUUCUUAGUACGUUAGUACCUUAGUACUCGGUACGGACAACUCAUCACGGCUUGUUUAUUUCUUGGUACGUUAGUACUGUAGUACUCGUUACGAACAACUCACCACGCCUUGUUUAUUUCUUAGCACGUUAGUACUGUAGUACUCGGUACGGAAAACUCAUCACGGCUUGUUUAUUUCCUUAGUACUUUAGUACCGUAAUACUCGGUACGGAAAACUCAUCACGGCUUGUUUAUUUCUUAGUACGUUAGUACCUUAGUACUCGGUACGGACAACUCAUCACGGCUUGUUUAUUUCUUAGUACGUUAGUACUGUAGUACUCGGUACGGACAACUCAUCACGGCUUGUUUAUUUCUUAGUACGUUAGUACUGUAGUACUCGGUACGGACAACUCAUCACGGCUUGUUUAUUUGCUUAGUACGUUAGUACUGUAGUAUUCGGUACGGACAACUCAUCACGGCUUGUUUUAUUUGCUUAGUACGUUAGUACUGUGGUACUCGGUACGGACAACUCGUUACGGUGUGUUUUAUUUGCUUAGUACGUUAGUACUGUGGUACUCGGUACGGACAACUCGUUACGGCGUGUUCUUCACCUGUUUAGUGCCUUAGUACGUUAGUACCUUAGUACUCGGUACUGAUACUCACCACAGCAUGUUUAUUUCUUAGUACGUUAGUACCGUAGUACUCGGUACAGACACUCACAACGGCAUGUUUAUUUGUUAGUACGUUAGUACUGUAGUACUAGGUACGGACAACUCAUCACGGCUUGUUUUAUUUGCUUAGUACGUUAGUACUGUGGUACUCGGUACGGACAACUCGUUACGGCGUGUUCUUCACCUGUUUAGUGCCUUAGUACGUUAGUACCUUAGUACUCGGUACAGAUACUCACCACGGCAUGUUUAUUUCUUAGUACGUUAGUACCGUAGUACUCGGUACAGACACUCACCACGGCUUGUUUAUUUCUUAGUACGUUAGUACUGUAGUACUCGGUACGGACAACUCAUCACGGGUGUUUAUUUCUUAGUACGUUAGUACUAGAGUACUCGGUACGGACAACUCAUCACGGCUUGUUCUUCAUUUGUUUAGUGCCUUAGUACGUUAAUACCUUAGUACUCGGUACAGACACUCACCACGACAUGUUUUUUUGCUUAGUACGUUAGUACUGUAGUACUAGGUACGGACAACUCAUCACGGCUUGUUCUUCAUUUGUUUAGUGCCUUAGUACGUUAGUGCCUAAGUACUCGGUACAGACGCUCACCACGGGUAACGUUUUCGGGCUUAUAAUGGGCAAGAAUAAUACAAGAAUAAACAAGCAAAAUAAAUAAGUCUGAUCAAACCAGCUUAAUUCUUAUAGUACCUUAAUCAUCCGUACUAAGCAAAAAAACUAGAAAAAUGAUUCCUAUAUACAAAAUAAUCAUUCCGCCGAUACCUGUCCUAUAGAAACGGAACACAUCACUGUGUUCAUCUCGAAAUUUGAACAUCGUCUAUCGGUUGUGAGAAUGGCUUUAACUGUCAGCGAUUUAAAGCUUUUGAUUUUUAAGGUUGAAACUGAAUACAAAAUGUUACGCGCGACAUUUCAGGAAAUGCUGCCUUCAUAAGAGCAGUUUUGCUUCGUUCGUACUUUACUCAUGCAUAGCAUUAUGUGAUAAUGAUAAUGAUCGUCAUGACAAAUUUUAACAGAUGCUCGUUCUUGUUUACUUCUGUUCCUCGAUAAGAGUGUUGAUAAUGAGCGGAGUUAUGAGCAAUUCUGUUGGCAAUCCAGAUUCACACUUAAGAUUCAAGAAAACAGAGCGAAUCAAAUCGUUCGAACAGUAGCGGCAGUCUUGUCAACUUGUGAACAAAUAUGUUUUUUAGCUUAACGUUAACCGCAAACAGCUGAAUGGAAUCUUAUUUUCUUCACUUAAUAAUAAUAAUAAUAAUGACUUUAUUGAAUAACACAAUUACUGGUAAAACCAGUAGUACUCAUUGUGGUCCUCUAAAACUUCAAAUAGCAAAAAUACGAAGUAAAAAUACAGUUAAAAAUGAAAAAUUUAUUAAAAAUUUCUGCUUAUAGUAAAGUUAUCAACUCUGGAGUUCCGAUAUAUAUAUUUCUUGUAUAGUUGAUUUUUAAAUUUACAAAGGGAAGUGAGACCCCUAGUGGCACUGUCUUGGUUGUUCCAUAAUCUAGUGCCACUUGCAAGAAAUGAACGUUUGCUGGUCAUGGUGCUAAAGAAAGGUGUGGAUAAGUUCAUUUUAGUUGACGCCCGAGUUGUGUAAUGAUGUCUAUUUUUAACAUAACGAAUAUAAUGAUUAAUUAUGGUAAAUAUAUCCUAUGGAUAAUGUUAUGCAUAAUACACAAUUUCUUUUGCUCUAUUAUGUCACUAAUGGGAAUCCAACCUAAUAUCUUAAAAAGGCCAACUGUUCUUUCAGUGCCUGCAUUUAAAAUUACUCUGGCACAACGUUUUUGAAUUCCUAGGAGCCUUUGUAAAUUAUCAGUCUUAGUGUUUCCCCACACUGAUCAACAAUAUUCAAAGAUUGGUUUAAUUAAAGCGUUGUAUAGCAAAUUCCUAAGUGAUAAAUUCAGGUACUUUCUGGCUUGAAGAAGAUUUACCCUAGAAUUUAAUUUAGUGAUCUAUGACCCUAAAAUUAUCCUGGUAAAACUUUAGGAAAAUGGCUCCAGUAAACUACAGAUAACUUCACAUGACUUUACUGAUGAAUGAAUGGAUACGAUUCAACUUUUGCUGCUAGUUGCUAGCCGUAAACUUUUACGAAAACGACUUUAUUGAGCCUGAUAUUUUCUGAGCUUGCUCGCUCUCUAAGGAAGUACCCAGCAGGUCAAAACCUUUUUUUUUCUCUUUACAAUGCAGGCAGGCCAUUUCAAAAAUAAACUGACGCCAAACGCUUUCGGACAAAACCACGUCAUGUCACUAACAUAGAAUCCUUCCUUUGUUAUAAAUAAAACACACCAUUCAACGUUAAACAAAAGAUUGCUUCAUAAAUAUUAAUGAGCUCCUUUCGCGCACGUUUUUUUGCGUGCGUUUGAAAAAAUUGCACGUGUGUGCAUGGGUUUUUUAACUCACUUUUCGCGUGAAUUUAGGGUCAAGUACCUCUGACCUGUACUGUAAUGCCCGCAACAGAUUGAGUAUGUGUUUAAUUUGCUGAGUGAUAACCUCUCUGUUGGGAACUUGCAAAACUUUUAAUAAUACUAGUUUUAGUACAAAUUGUUAAUAGUGGUCUCCAUACAGUCCAUUCUUAAUGCAGGGAAGUAAUUUGUUUUCUUGGCGUUUGACUUGGGCUUAAGAACGUUUUAUUUGUGAGUAUAAUAUUUCAACAUGUGGAGAAAGAGUCAAAAACUCUCCAUUCUGCAAACUCCCUUUGUAGAACAAUCAUGAUGAGCAAUCAAGUUAUGUAAUGUUUGAUAAAAGUUCACCUUUUAACUUUAGGUAAUGGCAAGCAGCAUUCAGCAUGCCACUGGUGUAUUCUUUUUUAUCCCAAAUAAUUCAUGGUUUCUCUUUCAUCAAAAUUUCAAUUCUCUGGGUUGGGGAUGCUAUAGUAGAUCCUCUUUCAGGCUAAGUUCCAAGUGAGGUGUGGCUUGAUUGGCUCUGUUCCUAUUUGUUUGUGCAGCAGCAAAAGUUUUAACUUUCAAUAAAAGUUUUAUCAAGAAAAUUGGGAGUAGCUUUAAAGCCGGGGUCCUUAGUUUAAUGAGUGACUUCCUGAAUUAUCCCUUAAUUCCCUAGGUUGGUUGUUGGAGACCAAUUGCUGGAUACUUUUGAUUAUUUUAUUGUAACUGGGUAAAUUUUAGGACUCAGUCCAAGUAAGAUUUGCUACACCAUAUGUGGAAUGAUAUAAUUUCUUUUACCUUUCAGAGGCAUUACUUAUAAACCUCUCUUUAGGAGGAAAAUAUUUCAUUGAAGGAUCCAAUGCCACCAUAACCUGUAAAGCUUCUGGGAAACCACCACCAUAUGUAGCAUGGAUUAAAAAUGGAGUAUGGAAAAGUUCAGGGAAGGAAGCUGCAUCUUUGGAGUUCAAUAAUAUAAACAGAACAGAUGCAGGAAAAUAUACAUGUCAAGCAAAUAACUCAAUGGAAGUCACCUCCAUUAACACAACAAUUGUAGUUCACUGUAAGUAUAUUUUAACCUUAAUUUUCUAUAUCUGAAUUUAAUUAAAGUUUACAGUGCGACUCCUGUUAUUAGGGUCAGUUACACAAAACUGACGAAUCUGUCCAAAAGUGCAAGAAAACUGAAUUCCACAUCAAAUCCUUUUUGGCUUUGUAUGCAUUGGUCCUAAGUACUGGUUGGGACACUUGAAUUUCAGUGGAAUAAUUACUCACAUUAUUUUGCUUAGGAGGACAUGAAAAUGUUUUUACCAAGUUGUUGCUUCAGUUGGAUUGUGUUAAACUCAGAAAAUGGCUUAAGGCCAUUUCUGAGUCAUUGUGACAACCCAAAAUUCACUCCAUUUGACUAUAGUGCACAAGGCUAGUGCAAAGCGCCUUGGUUGAAGCUAGAUGGAAAUCUGAGAACUGGCCAAAAUUCCAAGUGUCAGCUGAUAAAUUGCACAUUUCAGUGUUUUACUGAUAGCUGAGAUAAGUAGAUAAAAGCAAAAAAGUGGCUAAAACUAAUACCACAUGCUUAAGAUUUGUGCACAUAUUUGCAUGUGUGGCAUUCAAAAAGAUAUACUAUUUAGGGGAAAAAAUCCAUUUUAUAAUUCAUAAUUUGAAGGCCUUGCCACCUUAUACUAAAUACUUGAGUGCUAAAUAAUACAAAAGUGAUGGACUCUACUACUGAGUGAUUACAACCUUCGCUUUUUUCCAUCUAAAAACUGGGAAAGGAAAGACAAAUGCUGUGCUUUGAUAAUUGAUUUCCGUGACUUUCUGGUUUGGGAGGUAGUUUGUAGAGUUGAAUUGAGAAUUAAUUAUUAUGAGUUAAGAAGGCAUUUUUGUAUUUCACCCUUUCAAUUCAUGGAAACAAGGCACAGCCAUUUAACCACUGGUAAUACCAAAACUAUUCACUUGUUAUGACAGAAACCUUCAGUUAUAGUUACAUCUUAACAACAUUUAUCCCAAUCAUACUCAGGAUGUGCAAAUUGAGGUCAUGUGAUCUACCAUAUGACCCCCCAGGUAAAAAUAUAAGGUGGGAUCCUGCCAAUCCCACCUGGGAUCCCAGGUGUGUCCCAGGUGGGAUCCCACCUGGGAUUAUGGAACAUCCUGCAUGGGAUCCCACAUGGGAUCCCACAUUAAAUUCCUAAUAGCAUCCUGCCAAUCCCACCUGGGAUCCCAGGUGUGUCCCAGGUGGGAUCCCACCCAGGAUUAUGGAACAUCCUGCAUGGGAUCCCACAUGGGAUCCCGCCAAUUGAAGUUGGGAUCCUACCUUAAAUUCCUAAUAGCAUCCCACCUGGGAAAGCACAUCCCAGGCGGGAUUAAACCCAGAAUCCCACCAAUCCCUCCUGGGAUCCUGCCUUAAACUUCAGAUAGUUUCCCACCCAGGAAAUCACCUCUCAGACGGGAUUGCACUUGGGAUCAUGCCAAUCCCAGUUUAGACCCUGCAUAAAAUUUUUAGAUGGCUUCCCACUUUCAGAAAAAUCCUUAGUGGGAUCCUGUUUAACACUGGAGACCACAGAUUUAUGAAAUGUACUAGAUGGGAUAUCUUUUCAAUUCCUUUUGUAACCUAAUCCUUCAAAUUAAGAGGAUAAAAUUUUCUAGGUGAGCUAUAGACCCCAUCAAUCCACUGAGGGUCCAAAACUUUCCAACUAGCUAUAUAACAUACUGACACCUCCAAUUGUAACAUCAAACAGUACAUGAAUACACAAACUAUAUGUGAUCAAGAUCUCACAAUUUAUUUGCAAUGAACCAGCAUGUGUUCGACGUUGUUUCAUUAACAAAUUUCUUAACCGAACACUUUUAAAGAAUAACAGCACAACUCAGCAUAUUACUUUUUCUUCAUUAUUUAUGCAGACCAUUUACAGUGUAAUAUGGCUCAAAGUUUAAAAAAAUUGGCUGUUGUAUAUCAAAGAAUAGAAGAAAGACAAAACCUCAAUAAUUCAUCUUAUCAAAAAUUUGACAAAGAAGGUAGUGAUUUAAAUUCUGCUCUCUCUUAAGUCGAAUUUUUCAAAGCAAAGCAAGGUCAGAAUGUUCCCAAACGUGACGAAAGUAAUCUUGAAACCUUACUGAUAGAUUUAUUUCAUUGUAAAGUGUAAGCAUAGGAAACUGCAGCAAGUGACUAAUUCGACUCUCAAAAUUAUUCGAGUUUCAGUUGCGCCGAGCGUUACGUGAGCUUAAUUCAAGCCGUUAUAUCUAUUCUUUGGUAAGAUUUUGAUCACGUAAUGAAUAUCGCAAUUUGUACUCACCACAAACUUUCAAAAUCCUAGCUUUAUAAAUGGCCACUCGAUCGUUGUUUGAACCAGUCAACAUGUCAACUGUUAAUUGUCCCUUCUUUUAAUUCCACGGCUCCAACAACUUUCUUUUCAUUUGCAACACUCACGCUGUUCUCGUUUUCCCAUUGAACCACAAUAAAACCCAUCUUUAGAAGUGUUAUAUUAAGCAAAACAGUUGAGAAAAGAAACAACCUGUGGAUUUGUCAAAGUCAAAGCUCAGCACAUCUUUCAGGCAGAUUGGAUGAGAUGAGGAGCUUGACAAACAAGUCCUUGUCGGCAUUAACAGUAAUUAGCUUAUUGCUGGAUUUGACUCCAACCUUAUUUGCACUGCAGAACCUUGGAUCUUGAUGUUUUUUUUACGAGAUUAACCCACACACAAGAUUAAUACUUCCUUAUUGCAUUAUCUUACCCCCUCUAGACUUUUACAAGGGAUUAUGAUUAAUAACCAGGGGAAAUGUGUGAGUCAUGAAAUAAACAGAGACUAAGAUUUUGAUUUUGAUUUACAUUUUUAGACAAACCUGAAGGUGCAAGGCUCACUACCAAUACUUCACAAAAUACCAUCAUUAAAGGAGAUACAGUUACAUUCAAGUGCAUAGUUAUGGCUGCUGUGCCACAAGUGUCAAUUUACAAGUUCUACUUCAAUGGCUCCCUCCUCAGUGAUAACAGCAACAGUGAGUAUACUCUCAAUAACGUCAACCGAUCUCAGCACCAUGGUGAUUACAAAUGUGUCCCACAUAAUGCUGUUGGAGAUGGAGCAGAAGCCACUGUGAGACUUAACAUAAAUGGUGGGUAGAAAUGUCUUUGAGCAUUUUUAAGUAAUUUGGACAAGUAAUCCAAAAAACAUUUUUUACCUAUUUACAUUGCAACAAUGAAACUUCCAACACUCUGAAUUAUUACAUCCCUGACCAGAGAAGAAUAGAGACCCUAGUAACAAGGUUGACACGGUUGUGCCUGCCCCCCCUCCCUCCCUUUACAGGUUUUUCCUGGGAGUAAUGGGAAUGAGUGCAGAGUGUGAGGUGGGUUAGGGGAAGGAGAAAAAAAGUCCACCUGAAGAGGUGACUCCCUCAGCUUUCCACACAAUGCUCCUUCCCAAGGUACUUUGGAAAAGGGGUGGUGAAGGAUGCCUGUCUCAGAAAAUUUAGCCAGGGCCUAAUAGUAAAUGAGUGCCUAAUAGCUAAAGUUGUGCCUGAUAAUAAUGAACUGGUACUUAAUAAUGAUGAACAGAUGCCUAAUAAUGAUGGGCUUGUGCCUAAUAACAAAAUGGCAGGUGCUUAAUAAUAAAAACCAAUAACUUAUUAUGAUGAACUUGAGUCUAAUAAUAACGAAACAAGCCUAAUUAUGGUUCACAAGUGCAUCAUAGAAACAAAACAAUGAUUUGGCAGGAAUGGCACCCCGUGGUGCUUGCCGGGCUGAAGCAAUUAUCCUGUGUCCACUAAAAACUGUAAACUUAUGCUUUUCAUCAGAAUAUUUGCUUUUCAUCAGAAUAUUUUAAAACCGGUGCAAAUUAUGAUUAGCUGAUAAAGUGAAAGUUUGUUUCCUUUUUUUUUUUUUUUUUUCAAUUUUUUUUUAGUGUAUUAACACUUCAGCUCCUCUGUUUUUGAGCUGUGAUGCCUCUGGUUUUCCUGAACCUAAGAUACGAUGGGAAAAAUCUGGGAUUAAAUUGUCAGACACCAAACAGCUGAACAUCUCUAGUAGUAACAGGAAUUAUGCAGGAGAAUAUGUUUGCAUCGCACGCAAUGGAGUGAGAUGGGAAAAGACAGUAAGAGCUUAUGUCACUGUGCAAUGUAAGUCUUUUUUUCAAUAUGUCAUAAAAAGCUGCCACAGCUGUUGAAUAAAUGAUACAGUCAAACUUAUAUUAAGCAGCACUAUAUUAAGCGGUUACCCUGUAUUUAGUAGUCAGUUGUCAGAGUCCCAAAUUUUUUUCUCCUUAAUUGUUGUAAUUUUCACCUCUUUAUAGUGGUCACCUCUAAUAAGUGGUCGUGGUUACCUUUGACUGAGUGACAAUAGCCUGUUUGUGUUGUCUUCCACCUGUAAUGAAUGGUCAUAUAAAGCGGAACGACUCGAUUAAAACUAAGGAUGAUUUUUUUGUGUAAAUUCAAUCCAUGUUUAAAACAGGUUUCAUUAUUGUACAAAAUAACCAACUGUCCAACUAUAGUGAGAUUUUUAAACUCGAUCCGUGCAUUAUUUGUACUCUCUUAGGUGCAGUUGGAUAAUAAUUAUAUGUUAAUCAUAGGCCGGGAGGUCAGUAUUGGGAAAAACUGUGCCCAAAGUCUUUAGUACUGCCAAAGGCAGUACACGAGACAGACACAAGACACACAAUUCAGACCAACCUAGACUGGUUAUGAACAUUUUUUAUUUUUCCUUGAAGUUAACAAAAUACUUGCCAAAAGAACAUGAAUUGAUUUAGGGCUGUAAUUAUGGCAAGAUCCUCCAUAAACUGAACAAACCUUUAGCGAGUAAAUUAUAGUUAAAAUGGAGGUAAUGCAAAUUAAAGAGAAAGGCUUCACUAAAACAUUGUUAUUUGCCUUAUGAUGUAGGUGAUUUAUAAAGCUUCCAAACAAACUUGGAAACUGUCGUGAUAUUGCGUUACACGGUCACGCCACUGGGCCGAUGAACAUCUAUAUAUUUAGAAGACUUAGGAGACAACGAACACACACGUGGCGGCAGUCGAGUUCGCACAAUAAACAACCCUUUUGAGUUCACAGAAUCGUGACAGAAACAUUAUUUUUACAAGUAUCUGUCACUAUGUGACACCUGUCAAUUAGAGAGCACUUGAAAAAAAAAGUGCAUGUACACUUUCGAAAAAAAGUUCAUGAACUCUCACAACAAUGUUUUCUUCAAAAACAGUCAAUGUUCUUAGGUAAAGUAUUAUUCACUUCCACCAACAACUAAUGUACAAAGAUUUACCUCUGUCAGUCAGUAAAUGACAACAAAAGUAAGUGCAAGUAAAUUCAAAUGUAUGUUUUGAAGUUGUGAGAGUUUGCUCGUUUGUUUGCUGCAAUGGGCGUGUGUAAAUCUGGUCUUUCUUCCACCCAGAAACAAAAUUCAUCUGAGACACUUUUACUAGACACAACAAGAGUCAAUACGACCUUUUCUCAGUGAGUUUCUUGGUUUCUGCUCUGUAAUUUACAGUACAAAUGUCCAAAAACGGACUUGGAAAGACUUAUUGAAAGCGUAUUUGUAGCAGAGCUGAAAACUUUACUCACCCAUUCACAACGAACAAGAGAGAAUUCACAGAAUACAUAGAUUUAACCAAGCCUAAAAGCAGAGCGUCAGUAAGUUUAUUUUUUGGCCCUUCACUUUACAAAAAGUCCUCUGCAGUCGUUGUCAAAGAGGUUAUUGAAGGGGACCAGCUGGGGUGGGGUAUGGGGGAAAAUUGGGGUCUGAAUUGAGGGAUAAUGUUUUCACAACUUAACAAAGUGACCAGCAUAUGUGCUAGUCAGCGGUAUUUUCAGGCAGAUGAAGACCUCUGUUGAUAUUCCUGAUAUUUUGAACAAAUUUUCGAGGAUAGGGAAACUUUUCUUCUUCAGAUGUAGUGUAUGAUGUUAGUAUCAGUUGAAAUGAUAUUCUAUUGGAAUGAAUUAAAAUAUUGGUUUGCGAAAACGAGCCAAAAUUAAAGAAACGACCAUAAACGACUUCGAGUUAAGAUAUCAGCGUUCAAUUGUAGGGUAUUCACCUGAGAACAGUGAGUCGGGGAAACAGUACUCCGGAAGUGUAUGGGCUUCUCUUAUAUCUUCUCUUGGUGUCGCUUGGUAUGACUGUUCGCUCUGCCAACUUUUCUCCUAUGUGUCAACCUUCACUCGAAAGCAUUAACAAUUAAACUAAAUGAUUUCUUCUGGUAGACAUAGCUUAGUGUUGUUACUUGUAAGUACAUUGAUUAGAAUUGCAAAAUACCGAUGAUUAGUGGUGUCUGUAACUACAACUUAAUCAGUAUGAUUUUCCGCUCAAAACGCGGGUUGCAAAGUCUUUGCUUGCGCGGCGUGAUGUCUACUAGCCCACAUGAAGCCCUCAUGUAAUUCCUCGUGUGGUGCACCGAAGAUCGGCAUACGAUUAUGCUCACUUCAUCACUUUUUACUUGAAUAAAGGGGGUAAGUUUCUAAUGAAACUGGUGUUGCUUCGGUGGGAGAGUAUAACAGGGUAAUUUUGUAUUAUCGACUGAGGUGAUAAUGUAAAUUGGCCACCGUAAAGAGUUAAAAAGCUGACGUUUCGAACGUUAGCCCUUCGUCAGAGCAAAAAUGGCAACGAAGGUGCCGAUGACUCUGCGAUUCACGUGGGCGUUACCGUGCCCGUGGGUAGAGAUAGGAAAAUACGGACCGCGCUAAGAACCCAUCAGAUUGCAGGAUUCGUCACCGUGCCCUCUGAAAAAAAAAUACAUCUUAUUCUAGGAGCGAAAUAAUUUUUCCAAGCCCUGAAUAGACGAGGAAAAAAUUCAAGUAACAAGCAAGAUUUCCGCUUGUGUUAUGUGUUAAACCUUCGAAUAAGAGAUAUAUUAUUCCACUAUUAUUUUCAGUUUUUAGUAUUUUAACUUUUAGUGUGCGAAUUACAUCCUACGGCUUUAUCUGUGCAUCGUAUCCAUUGCAUAAGAUAUGCGCGAAAGAUGGAAACAACCAGAACUAAAGCGUUCAAAUGUCCUUUGUGUUCUUUUGUGCUUAAAAGUUCGCUUCUUUAAAAGUCAAAUGUAAAAAACGAAAAAAAACAAUGUUUGGAUCCUUCAGUGCUGCCAAAAUGUUGCGACGUAUUUUUGCCUUGUUCUAAAAUGUAAUACUGUGGCAUAUUUUGCCUUCCUCGUUACUUUAUUUGGUAAAAUGACACAGUAGUGGAGUGAUAAAGCUCAUUAAUGUUCUGAUUCAUAUGAAGUAUCACCAAUUAGUUAUUCAAUUGCUUAUUGCAUUUGUAUUCAUUCUUAGACCCGUCCACAAUUCAAAAUGUCACCACGUCAUCUAAGAAGUCUUGGAUUGGCCAGAAAGUGACUUUGAAGUGUCUUUCUGAUGGUGUUCCUACACCAACACUCUCAUGGUACAAACCUCAAGGAAGUGGAAUAAACAAUGUCACAGCCAGAGAAAACAAAGUACAAGUGCCACUCAAGGGUGAUCAAGAUUUUGGUCAUUACAAGUGCAUUGCUGCCAAUGGACUUCCUCCAUCUGAUGAGAAAUUAAUAAAGAUAAAUCAGAUAAGUAAGUUAAAAAGAUCAGUGUAUUGAAAUAAGUAGAAAACUAUAUAUAAGGUCAGCAUUUUCUUUUGCCAUUGCUCAUUAUCACUGUUUCAGGUGUAUUAGAGGUAAAAGCCAAAUUUUCUUACAAAGUAUUGGACAGAGUAACUCAUUCACUUUGUACAUCUCAUUCGAUGAUUUAACAUGUAAUACGUGCGGAUAUUUUGCAAGUCCCAUAGGUGUGUGCAAAAAAAUAAGCUUAUGUUAAACCAUCGAGUAAGGGAUUUAUUAUUCUACUAUUCUUUCAUUUACUAACAAUUUGGCCGCCUAGAUUUCGACAUACAUCUUGCGGCCUUAUCUGGGCGCUCGGUUCGCAUUUUUCUCCUCUUUAGCUGCGUUUGACCUACACAUUUUUUUCGCGUUCGUUACCCAAUGAGGUAUAACGGCGUAAUAGUGGAAUUACGCCAGAUAUAGUUAGCCUGAUUUGUUAGUGGGAAAUACACCCAAAUUUAUAAAAAAAAAAAGGUUUAAAGUAAACUGUCGACGCCUUGCCCUUUGGUAGCAUUAAACACGUCACAAAGAGCGUUGAACUUCAGGCAGAUUGAUGACAUCUUCCCAUGCGGGUAUCUAUAGGAAACUUCCUCAACCAUGGACUAUAAAUUUUUUAACUUUUUAUGUGUCUCUUGGCUGAAUGUACCCGGUAGCUACAUUUAUAUUCAUUAAUUACAUGUUAACGCACUCAGCGAAUGAACUAUGGGGAUUUACCUGCACGAGUUCACCGACUAUUACACCACGAUAAUGACGUCAAGGAGGUUGUUUCGUCACAACCCAGUAUCACGUGGUAAAAUCAUCUAAUCAGAAAAUCGGAAUUCGAACAGUGUAUGAAAGUUAAAUAAUAAACUGUGAGAAGACGUGGACUUGCAUUCAUCCUUAGUGUUGUGACAAAACUCAAAAUAAUCUCUUUUCUUAUGACACUAUGUAGAGAAACCAGGGAAAGCAUCUAUCAAAUCAGAAUCAGUCAUUCAAGCAACUUCUAUAACAAUACAAUGGACUGCACCAGCUGAUGGAGGAAGUCCGAUUACAGGAUUCCAAAUGAUCUUACAAAAGGAUGGAACUGAGAUAAAAAAGGUUAAUAUAACCGAUCCUGGGACGACAAGUUAUUCGUUUCAUGGUUUGGAGAAAGAUACCAACUACACAGUGAAACUGUUUUCCAGAAAUUUUGUAUUCGAGGGAGAUCCUACUGUAUGGAACAUUAACACCAAGUUUGAAGGUGAGGAAUCAAAAGUGAUAUCGUGA